AUGUGUCCAAUAGGUGGCAGUAUACUGAGAGAAUGCUGUUGUUGUGUGCUGUUGGACCAGCUAUUGGCGCAGUUCCUGAUAGCUGCUAUUUUAGACGUUGUGUCUUGGGUUUAUGAGAUAUUUCUAUAAAAAUGGCUUUUCAGUGUCAAAGAGAUUGUUACAUGCAAGAGUUUGUUACCUCAGUAGUGGCCUGCUCGCCUGCUGAACUGAAGCAAGAAAUUAACGGGAAGAAAGAAAUAAUUAAAGGCUUUAAUGUGAAACUUCAAGACACCAUAUUGUUUCCAGAGGGAGGUGGCCAGCCAGACGACCACGGCCUGAUUGGGGACGUGCCGGUGCUGCGGGUGACGAGGAACGGCGCUGAGGCGGUGCACUUUGUGGGCUCAGUCCUUGAGGUGGGCCGGGAGGUGCAGCUGAAGGUGGACUGGGAGCGGAGGUUUGACCACAUGCAGCAGCACUCAGGACAACACCUAAUCACAGCUUUGGCAGAUUCCAUGUUUGGUUACAAGACCACGUCUUGGGAGUUGGGUCGUCAGCGCAGCACCAUAGAGCUGGACACACCCUCCCUGAAGCCAGCCCAGGUCGAGGCCCUGGAGGCGGCUGUCAACGAGAAGAUCCGCGCUAACAUCCCCGUCACCGUUCAGCUCCUCUCCUUGGACGACCCUGCGCUGGAAAAGGUGCGGAGCCGUGGUCUCCCAGAUGACCCCGCGGGGCCAAUCCGGAUCAUCGACAUUGAAGGAGUGGAUGCCAACAUGUGCUGCGGGACCCACGUGUCCAACCUCAGUCACUUGCAGGUCAUAAAACUAUUGGGGACAGAGAAAGGAAAGAAGAACAAGACCAACCUGAUAUUCCUGGUGGGCUUUCGAGUCCUGAAGUAUGUUGAGAGAAGCUACAGCAUAGAACGUUCAUUAGUUUCUCUCCUCAAAACUGGACCAGAUGAUCAUGUUGAUGCAGUGGACAAGAUCCAGAAGACAGUUAAGGCUCUGCAGAAGUGUAAUUUGAAUCUGCUGAGGGACAUGGCCGUUCUCGUAGCCCAGAACUUCAAGCUCAACCCAGAGAGAGGCAACUUCUUUGCUUUUCACAAGAAAGAGGGUGACAACGAGUUUAUGAGCAUAAUAGCCAAUGAAAUAGCCACUGAGGAGACUUUGGUGUUCCUGACAGUUGGAGAAGAAAAGGGACCAGGUCUGUUCCUGCUAGCUGGACCUAGUCAGAAGGUGGUUGAACUGGGACCACGAGUACUGGAGAUGCUUGAGGGCAAAGGAGCAGGAAAGAACGGGCGCUUCCAGGGCAAAGUGAACAGCAUGGCACGCCGAGGGGAGGUGGAGGCCCUGCUACUGGAGCACUGCAGGAGUGAGCCGUAAUGGAUGUCUGGCGUGGCCUUUCUUCUCCCUGAAACACGUCCCACGGGCAGGACCCGAUCACAAGAUGACCAACUCCAGCACUACAUGGGAACUCACGUCUGAACUGUGUGAUAACUGCAGUCUAAAUCCUGCUCCGGAAUAUUGCUACAUACCGUACAUUCAUGAUGAUUAAAAAGGCAAAUGUAAAAAAGAAUCAUUUAAGUAAUUGUAUAUAUUUUAAAUUAGAGGUUUGUAUUUAAUAAAAAAUCAGUUUGGUCUGCAAUGAAAGAGCAAGACCUUAUCAAUUGGAAAACCUGGUAGUCAAAUAUAGAUGGUUCAGGCAAGGUUGUCCGUUGUUUUACAUAUCUGUGACGGCUGUGUGACGUGUGGACCUGUGUCAUUAAUGAACACAAGGCCAAAGGUCAGGGUUCCAUGUAGAGUUGAUAACAGCUGGUCUGGUCAGUCUUUGUCAUUAAAAUAGGUACUUGUUUAACUAAGACAUCAGGGGUACUGUGCGCUACUGUUUUGGGGGUUCAAAAAUCAUGAUUUUAAAAUGUUUGUUGGAUUGAUUGUUAGUUUGUCAGCAUUUUGUCCUUAGUAAAUGAUUGAACAUG